AUGCAGUUGACGGCAACCAUGACAGACUUUCAGGAGGCCAUUCAUGACAUGGGUUUGAUGGACACAAGAUUCUCAGGUUCUCCUUUCACUUGGUGCAACAACCGAGCGGGUAGGAGCAAGAGAUGGGCCAGGCUUGACAGGAUUUUGAUUAACUCUGAAUGGAUGAGAGGCUUCCCAAAUUGCAAAGUGCAGCAUGUUAUGCGAUCUCAUUCUGACCAUUCCCCCAUUCUUCUUUCCUCUCAGGCUGAUUCUUCUUCAUUCCCCCACCCUUUCCGGUUCCAGCGAAUGUGGACGACUCAUGAUGAUUUUCUCGCGACAGUGAAGAAUAGUUGGGACAACGACAUCGUCGCCAUGCCAAUGUUCAAAUUCUUCAUCAAGAUGAAGAAUCUUAAGGCUGUUUUAAGAUCCUGGAAUAGGAAUUCCUUUGGGGAUAUCAGCAAAAAGGUGCAGGAAGCUGAAAAUGAAACUGCAAGGGCUGAAGUAUCCCUCCUCCUCUCGAACUCCAAAGCAGACGCUAUCAAGCUGAAUCUGGCCCACGUUAAUCUCAAGAAGGCCUACCUCCAGGAGCAGAUUUUCUGGAAACAGAAGUCCAGGAUCAGUUGGCUCGCAGAAGGGGAUAGGAACACAAGGUUCUUCCAUGACACUGUCAUUGACAGACACAGAAGGUUGGAGAUCUCUGAGCUGAAGAGCCCCACGGGGGAAACUAUUGAAACGAUUGAGGAUAUUAGUGAAGAAGCGAUCCGUUUUUUCCAGGAGUUAUAA